GUCCCUUGCGAUUCUGCAAUACACCUGCAAUUUUAAUGCCAAGUGAGGGAAGAAGGGGCGAAGAAAAUUAAAGAAUACGACGCUUGGAACCAUAAUAAUCAACAUGGAGGCUGCUCUGUCUCCUCGCUCGACGAAUCUCAUGAUUAAGCCCAAGGUGGCCAUUGAGCGCAAGGUCCUCGACAAGAAUGCUGCCGCCGCAGCGGCAGCAGCAACGGCAUCGGCACAGAAAUCUGCUUCGGCGAAGAACCAUGCGCCGCCACCCCCGUCAAUAGUCACCGAGCCUGGCGAAGAUGGGGAGAAAUAUGCUACGGGCGCGUUCCUCGGAAAGGGAGGGUUUGCUGUGUGUUAUGAAGGGACGCUGGCGCGCAACGCUCGGGUGUUCGCGAUGAAAGUUGUCAAGUCCGAAAUGCCGCAGAAGAAGAUGGAGGAGAAGUUUCGCACCGAGCUGCAGAUCCAUUCGAAGAUGCGACACCCCCAUAUCGUCCAGUUCCACCGUGCCUUUGCCUUUGAGCAGAACACAUAUGUUGUCCUCGAGUUGUGCCCGAAUGGAUCGGUCAUGGAGAUGGUCCGGAGGCGGAAAUGUCUUAGUCUCCCAGAGGUCCGGCGAUUCAUGGUGCAGCUAUGUGGCGCGGUUAAAUAUCUCCACAAGCGAAAUGUCGCGCAUCGAGACCUGAAGAUGGGAAACCUGUUCUUGGACCAACACAUGGACAUCAAAGUCGGUGAUUUUGGACUCGCAGCGAUAAUCUUAUCGGAGAGAGAUGAAAAGAGGAGGAAGACGCUAUGUGGUACCCCAAACUAUAUUGCCCCUGAGGUGCUCGAUCGGAGUAAAGGCGGCCAUACCCAGAAGGUGGAUAUCUGGUCACUCGGUGUUAUAUGUUUUGCCAUGCUUACUGGCUACCCACCUUUCCAAUCCAAAACACAAGAGGAGAUCUAUAAGAAAGUCCGCAACCUCACAUAUGUCUGGCCCAAAGAUACCGACUGCCCGAACCAUAUCCCCGAGGAAGCAAAAUCGCUAGUCAGUUCGUGUCUCAACUUGGCAGAAGACGAACGGCCCGACCCCGAUGAUAUUGUCGAGCACCCCUUCUUCAAUAUGUAUACUAGUUGCAUACCCCGGCAGUUGGAGCCCUCAUGUCGCCUUUCCAAGCCAUUAUGGCUCAAGGCUGAUGAGCCCCGUGGGGACCGCAUGAUUGCUGGGUACAGUCUGGAGUUCGAUGAGAAAUACCGUGCCAUCGGAGACGCUGCACAGUCGACAGCAUCGAUCUAUCGCCAAUGUCGAGAUGCCUUCUACGCCUCUUGUGGUGUUGGGCGAAGACCGGACGGGUCUGCUGUGAAGGCUACCGGCAAGAACUGCUCCAAGUCAGCGUAUGCCGAGUGUCUCGCCGAAGAUGAGAGGGGGCUUCAGCCUGUGAUCCCUUUGUCACGGGAGUACGUCUACGCAUAUCCUCACGACAAUGAAAACGACUGGAGUUUGCCCGAAACUAGCUCCAUUGCUCGGAGCGACUCGGUCUCGGAAAGCAGCAGCAGCAUCAUGUCCGGAAAGCGCAGUAUCUCAUUACGAAACAAUACUGCGUCCCUCAACCGCACACAGGUUGCUUUGGCUGCAGCGCAGCAGCGACGCAAAGAGUCUCAAAGUCACGCAGCCACCCUCCGCCAGCAGGCCAUGCCUGGCCGAAGCUCGGUGCGAAAGCUUGCGGCCCUCUGCGAUCCUCCCCAAGUUUCUGCGGUUAAUCCUCUCACGGAGAUCCAAGAAAAAGCGCUGGAAACUGCCGUUCCACCAACCCAGGCUCUCGGCGGCUUUGCGGAACGACCAAUCCGUGUGCGACGCGGCGUUGCUGCAUCUUAUUCUGGAUCGCUGCGCGAUCUGGACAGGAAUGCUGCGCCGCAGAUGGCCAAGUCGUCCAGUGUUCCCAGCAUGCUCAAGGUUGGGAAGACUCGCUCGCAAUCCCGGAUGCUUGAGGCUGCCAGCCAAGAGCAGCAGCCUUCAUCCCAAUUCUCCACGCAAGAUCGGCUGCCGUCAUCCACCACGAUGAAGGACCCUGUGGGCGCGAUUCGCGCCUCCUCUAUGAGGACCGUCUCGAGGAAAAAGUCGAAAGAUCUUCAAGAAAAGACCGAAGAACAGCCGAGAAGCGUGAAAAGAGAGGAGAUAGCCGAUGAUCAUCGUCGUCCGCAAGCUCCGGCUGCAUCCCAGCAAUCCGGGCUCACUCGGACCAACAGCAAGGUCAAGCCGUCUGAAAGCCGGGCCCGGUCCUCUAUCUGCACCAGCCCGUUGUUCCAUGACGAUGACCGAUGCGAGAUGCUGCCAGGGACAUCUCUUGACGAUGUGAAUAACGAUCUACGCCUCAUGCUGACCAACAUGAUCCCUGUAACUCCGUCACGUCGCCGAAGUGGUUCGCGACGGGCGCCCCAUCGGUAUGUGAUUAAGUGGGUGGACUACACCAACCGAUAUGGCAUCGGAUACGUGCUUGACGAUGGUAGCGUUGGAUGUGUGUUCAAGGGCGAGAACGGCCGGCCAGCCAGCUGUAUUGUAGUACGAGACGGAGAGAAGCAUAUCCGCCGCAAGGUCCGCAGUCAGGAAAGAGAAAAGGAAGGAGACUACUACUACUCUGAGGCCGAUCAACUCGUCCCUCGUACCGGCAAGCCGAUCGAAUUCUACGAAAACUGCGAUGAGGCGAAUAUCGAAUGUCGCGGAAUCCGCCGCGCCUUCAUCUCCCCAGCCAUGUUCGAGGUCAAGGUAUCAGCCAACGGGGCCAGAUUCCGUACCAACCCGAACCCGGAGGGAGCACGUUCAGACGCGGAGAAGAUCAAGCGAGUCAAGCUUGCAGACCAAUUUGGGAAGUACAUGAUCGGCUCGCUGGGACGACACGACGACGAUGAAGGUCCGGAAAAGAGCAACCCGGCGGAGCCAAACGGGCAGUUUAUCAAGUUCUACCAGAGGCUGGGAAACGUUGGCAUCUGGGGGUUUGGCGACGGUGCUUUUCAGUUCAACUUCCCUGAUCAUACCAAGCUAGUGAUCACGCCCGGGCGUACGCGUAGCUCGUCGCCAUGGAUAGACUUUUACCAUCUGUCGCCAUCUGCUGCCCGUUACCUGACGACGAAAGGGAAGAUGCACCCGUCCGGCUUUGAUACGCGUGCCAUUGCCUCCGAGGAGGCCGUCACUUUCAUCAGCAUCGCGCAGACGACGCCGACCAACUCGACGGAGGAGCGGAUCCGGGACAUCCUCGACGCCAACUCCUUCCUGCAGAAGGUCCAGUUUCUUCGGGAGGUGCUCAAGGGCUGGGUCAAACACGGACGACUAGGCGGAAGGCCUCAGCCAGCCCCCCUAAACGACAACAACCACAGGCCAGUCUUCCCUGAGCUAUACUGGGAGGGAACGCAGGAACGGCCGCACCCGGGAGGCAGUGGGGGGAAGUUCGUCUGGGUCACAGUCGGGGCGCCAGGCGGGGAUGGCGAGUACAUCUCUGUGUCGCUCAAGGAGGGCGACAACCGACGGAAGGAAACCGACGGGGAUGGAGAGGUGGACGCUCUCAGGGAGAGAUUGCGUGGAUUAGGAGCUUAACCCUUUUCCCCUUCUUCCUGGUUAUUUUUGACAGUUUUUGGAGAAUCCCUUGGGUGGGGAAAAAAAAGAUUGGAUGCAUUGGUCACUCACUCAUUUUCUACUUCUUUUUCUUUUCUUGUUCAUUUUUGUUUCCCAGUUUAGCCUGGAGUUUGGAUCCAGCGUUUUUUUUUUGACAUAUCGAAUGAAUCUCCAUGAAUAAUUACUCUCCAGCCACCGGGAACAAUGAAGGCAUCACGGCUGUGUCUUCGGUCUCAGGCGGUUGUUCAAGGGAGCCGCGGACCCUAUAAAGACCACCCCUCGCAGGGGUUGAGCGCCCUGUGAAGGCGCAAGGAGUAUCCGCUAUCCAGCCACUUUGAUAGAGGAGCUC